AUGAAAAGACUUCAAAUUGCUUGUUGUUUCGAUAAAUUCAAAGAUAGCUUGAAAGCAAGAGAGUGCGGAAAGGCAAUCAUGCAAGGUUUAGGACAAGUUAAUUAUGACUUUGUUAAUAUUCCCUUAUCGGAUGGAGGUGAAGGUUUUCUUGAAGCCAUCAAGAAGGAUCAAGAAGGAAAUUAUCAACUCGAUCAUGUUCAAGUGAGGAGACCUGUUAGAAAUUCCGAUUUGAUGAUAACAGUUCCAUAUUUUAGAAAACAAGUGGAGAAUAAUUUUCUCUAUGUUUUGGAGAUGGCCACGGUGUGUGGAUUGGAAUUAUUGAAAAUGGAGGAGAGAAAUCCAUUCAAUACGAGUACGUUUGGAUUGGGAGUGGUGAUUGGGAAUAUUCUGAAACAACAUGGAAAGAAGGAUCAUAUUCACAUCUUGAUGGGAAUUGGUGGAUCUUGUACGAAUGAUGCUGGAUUGGGAUGUUUGAAAUGUUUGGGAUGUGUUGAUAUUGAGCUAAAUGGAAAAUUGAUGAGUAGUGGAGAAGUUUUCUGGGGAGGAGAUUUGAUUAAUAUUUCUGAUAUUUUAAUUAACACUGAAGGAUUACCAUUCCAGUAUGAGAAUUUAACCAUUGAUAUUGCAUGUGAUGUGAAUAAUCCAUUUAUUGGAGAGAGGGGAGCUGUACAUACUUUCAGCAAGCAAAAGGGAGCCACUGAAGAGCAACGAGAAAUUUUAGAGAAGGGCAUGAAUCAAGUUGCAAAGUUAAUUCAACGACACCAGAAUAUAGAUAUCAGUAAUUUGAGUGGUGCUGGAGCAGCUGGUGGCAUUGCAGGUGGUUUCUAUUCAAUACUGAAUGGACAAGUCAAUCUCAAAAAGGGAAUUGAAAUGAUUGGAGCAAUUAAUAACUUGGAACAAGUCAUUUCUCAAUCAGAUAUUGUCUUUACAGGAGAAGGUAGUUAUGAUCACCAAUCAGAAGGUGGUAAAGUAGUGUCAUGGAUUGCCCAGCUCUGUAAAAAAUACUCAAAACCUUGUAUUAUUUUAUGUGGGCAGAAAAAGAUAGAAACCUUACCAAAUGAGAAUUGCCUUGCCUUUGAUCUCAUAUCCAAGUUUAAGUUAGAGGAAUGUAUGAGUAAUACAUUUGAAUGUUUGGCACAACUUGCAAAAGAGCACGAAAAUGAUAUUCUAAAAAAACGACAAGGUAUUUUAAAUUAA